AUGUUCCCAGGUAAAGACAAGGUAGGUAAAUGGAGAGUAUCAGAGGUAACUCGACAAGAUGAAUCCGAGGAAGUGUAUCACCAGUCUCGACAGCAACACGAGAGCGUGGCCUUCAUGUCAAUGUGGGACAUGGGUGGAGACCUUGCCUUUCAAGCUACAAACUCUGUGUUCAUAAGCGCUCAUGGUGUCUACAUAGUUACGUUUAGGGCUAUAGACUACUUCACAGACAAUUUACAGAUGGUAAGACUGAAAAACUGGGUUCGAAACAUCGGAGCCUACUCCUCUCGAGCGUACAACCCGAACAAACUACAUCCCCAUCACCCGCCGAUCAUUGUGGUGGGUACUCACAUGGACCAGGUUAACGCCAAGUUUAAGGAUGAGACAACAGAGGAAAAAGAUAAACGACUACAGAACAUGCGGAUCAAAAUAUCUAGUAUCACAGAAUUGACAAAGGAAAGGAAAGGCGAAGGAUUUGUCUUCCUCAGAUUCUGUACAGUGGAUAAUUCCAUAAGCGACGACCCGGCGUUCGAGAAGAUAAAAGGGUACAUCCUUGAGGCGGCAGAGUAUCAGGACCAGUGGGAAAGAAAAUUGCCAUGCUCAUGGCUAGCCCUGGAGAGAGAAAUUCUAAAACAAAGACAAUGGAGACACGUUUUGACACUUCAAGAUAUCAAAGACAUGGAUUCCAAAUGUGAAUCUCCUAUUGGUGACGAGGAAAAAAUCCAGCUGUUUUUAGAAUACCUUCAUUCCACAAGAUCUGUUCUGUACUUCCGAAAAUACCGGAAAGUGAUCAUCAACCCUCAGUGGGUCAUCAACGCCUUCAGAGAAAUCCUAACGGACGAAAAGUUUCUGCCAUCCGAUGAUCUCCUCCAUACGGCUGACAUUACCAAAUAUUUGCAAAAUGCUGUCCUGACAGUUGAUCUUGCAAAAGAACUAUGGAAGUUAAAAGAAGACAAUUCGUACAUUCAACAUAUCGACAUUCUUUUCGCCUUCCUUGAAGAAUUUGGUCUCCUGGUAAAAGGAUAUCAAGGUCAGGACCAAUAUGGAAAUCCUGUAUAUGACCACGACUACACUGUUCCAAGCAAACUCCAAACUGCACCGGACAUUAAUCAAAUAUCAAGUCUUCUGAAAGCAAAAGGAACAGUUUGUUCUCGAACACUUUGCUUCGUAUUCGAGGAAGUCUUUACUCCUCAGGAACUGUUCCACCGAAUAUACGCAGGCGUCAUCAAGAAAUUCAGACCAGCUAAGGUAGCAUCAGAAACAGGACCAAUCACAACGUAUGAAGAAAAACAGAUCUACAAAGAACUUGGCUUCUUCAAGGUAGACGAUCUAUGUAACAUGGUCGUCAGUACUCAGUGGGAGCAGUCUGUGAUAGCAGUCACGCUCUACACGACUUCGGAGCCUCGGAUUCUCGGAGACACCUGUUUGAAAGUGAGACAGACAAUGGAGACCAUCAUACAAUACACUCUUGAGUUGAGCCGUCAACAACACUUGAAAUACUCAUUCAAACUUCACUGUAGGUUUUACCUGCAACCGAACGACAUUCCGCGAGACGGAGACGGAAUACGGAAAACAACUAGAGGUCUUCCCUGUCAAGGAGAUGAUUGUGCCGGGAAACACAUCCUUAUAAAUCAUGAUUGGUUCCUAUGGUUUCCUGCUCCAGUUACGAGGACGGUCUGUAAUGCUCUGAGCGGAAACACACCAAGAACAUGUGACUCCGAAUUGCUGACGGACAAAGGUUUACAGGAAAAGGUCGCCGCCAGGCUUGGCAUAAACUGGGAAUCUGUGAUGACCUCUCUGGGUGUUCAGAGCUAUCAACUUGACCGGAUAAAGCUGGCUCACCAAUACGCUCCUCUUACACAGAUAACCAGCGCGCUAAUCCAUUGGCGUGACACCUAUCUCACUGACAGUCCAGAAGAGGAAAUGUUGAAGGACUUGUCUAAGGCUUUCCGACAGUUUGGGGUAGACAGUGACGUGAUAGAUCAGGAACUGGAGAUAUUUACUAGCAAUUAAUGCAUGCCAGACGAUAGUUGGAGCUGACGUGGUUGACCUACGGGACCAGUAGCUGACGCACUAAAUUUGUAUCUGGUGGUUGUCGCAUGACCGACUGACGAUUCAUGGAGCAGAGUUACGUCAUGUUCGUUACUACAUGUACGAGGAACAAAGUGGUAUACUCAUGUCUUGCUAAGGUGACGCCGAUUUGCUGCUUGUGAGUUAACUUGAAUUCAGCCGCCACGUGAGGCUGUGCAGACAGAUUAGUAUGCUAGCAUUUGUCUCCAUACCUUUUGGAGAGCAUUGUGAGACAGAUAGCUUCUGCGGAAGUCACUCUGCUCUGUCCACCCUGAUUUAACCAGCGCUGUGGUUAGUCGUUAGAACUGAUUCUUGUGAGAUUCGUUGGAGGCCCUGACAAUUGACUUUAUGGUAAGAGAAAGUGUGUGUUGAGUGAGU